GAAUAACUCAAUGAAAAUGUAUUGCACAUGAACGUUUGACUGAAAUUGGUUGGAAUUUUUGAUAUAGAGAAUUAACCACUGGGCUUUUUUUGGAGGUCAAGGCCGGGUUGGAGAUGGAAAGACUAAAACAAUGUGUUCAUUCUCCUUUCUUGCCUUUGUUCCAACCUUUUCCCACCUUUCUGCUCCUAGUGUUAUGGAGGUGCAGCAGAUGUCACCGGAGCCUCCUCAAGACUUCACCUGCUCGAUCUCUUCCUUUCUCUCCUCCUCCUCUUAACUUGGUCUCCAUAGCGACAAGAAACAGGAUAGCGCUGCUGGACACCUGAGUCCAGCAGCUGAAUGUUUCAUGGACUCACGCGCGAGUAGGAGCAGAAGAAGCCACAAGAACCUGAAGCGGGCAAGCACACAGGUGAUGGUGUCAGGAUGUCGGACGGCAGGCAGCGAGCCAUGUCGGCGUCGGGCGAGUCUUUGUACGCACUCCUGGGCGUGGACGCGGGAUGCAGCCACGAUGACAUCAGGAAGUCCUACAGGAAGCUGGCGCUGCGUUACCACCCGGACAAGAACCCGGACGACCCUGAGGCGUCGGAGAAGUUCAAGGAGUUGAACGCGGCCCACGCCGUCCUGUCCGACCCCGGCAAAAGGAACAUCUACGACGCUUACGGUUCCCUGGGGCUCUACGUGGCUCAGCAGUUUGGGGAAGACAACGUCAAGGCCUACUUCACGCUCACCACCUGGUGGGCCAAGGCCUUGUUUGCGCUGUGCGGGCUGCUAACGGGCUUCUACUGCUGCUGCUGCUUGUGCUGCUGCUGCGAUUGCUGCUGCGGGCGCCUCAAAGCCACCGCGCCCCCCGACGACCAGGAAACGGCGGAACCCUACGGCGACGUGCAGCAGCAGGAAGACGAAGACCAGGAGGAGGAGGACCGGGAGGAGAUGGAGCUGCACCCAUCCAAAGACGUGAAGGCGGCAAUCAUCCAGCAGCCAAACAUCGCCAGCGAGAAAACGCAACUCAUCUCGGACGGGCGGCGCAAAUAUGGAGACACCUACACAUGAUGCUGUCAGCAAACGUCCAUCUGCCUCUCAGCUUCUUUUUCGAGGAAUCCCAUCUUUACUGGCCUUGCUUGAUCGUUUUCAUUCAAAGUCCCUUUGAAAGGGCGAACACUUCCUUCAUUCGACUCCCCCGACGGACGCUAUUUCGUAAACCUAAUUUGUACCUGGGUUACACCAAACGAUUCCCAAUGCAGCCUAGAUCUUUGUCGCCUGCUCCUGAGACUACAU